AUGAUCCCGAAAUCGGCACCUGGAAUCGGUAAUGGCAACAUCACACCCUCCGUCAUCAACGCCUGGGAACACGGAUGCCUCCAAUUCUUCCGCGACCGCAACAUCACCGAAGAGGACAAGGUAUUCAAGGCCUGCAUGUAUAUCUCCCACGACAUUAUCCGCGACUGGUACCGCACCGACAGCUGCCGCUUCGAUGGCAUGGAUUUCGACGAAUUCCUCGCUGAGCUACGCGCGAAUCACCUCCCCAUGAACUGGGACGUCGACAUCAAGACUCAGAUCAUGAAUGCCAGACAG